AGUUAAUUUUAAGACGGAGGGAGUACUUAACAGCCCGGUAUUUAUUUACGGAGUAGUAUUUAAUAUAAUUUAAUUUACUUAGAGCUUAGCCACCGGCGCGCCAUCUAAUUAAGCUGCCUGCCGGCCGCCAGCCAUGGCUUCCAUUUCUAACGGCGGCUUAAAGUCGAUUAACGGCUCCUCCCCCAAAUCCUCCGACCGCAAGGGCGGCUGGAAAUCCGCCAUUUUCAUCAUCUUUGUGGAGAUGGCGGAGCGAUUCUCCUACUACGGGAUCGCCGGGAACCUCAUCACCUACCUCACCGCCGUUCUCGGCCAGCCAACCGCCACCGCCGCCAAGAACGUCAACACCUUUCAGGGCGUCUCCGCCCUCUUCCCCGUUCUCGGCGCAUUUCUCGCCGACUCCUAUGUUGGUCGGUUCAAGACAAUUGUCUUCUCCAAUCUCAUCUAUAUCCUCGGGCUGACUCUGUUAGUGGUGGCGUCGACGCCGUCAAUGAGACACGACGGCGGGCUAUUCUUCGUAGCACUGUACAUAAUAAGCGUGGGCGAAGGGGGGCACAAGCCGUGCGUGCAGGCGUUCGCCGCCGACCAGUUCGCGGAGGAGCUGCCGGAGGAGAAGGCGGCGAAGAGCUCGUUCUUCAACUGGUGGUACUUGGGGAUAGUGGUGGGGGCCACACUCGCCAUCUUGGUGGUCAUCUACGUGGAGGACUACGUGGGGUGGACCGUCGGGUACGGGAUUCUCGCGGCGGUUGCUGCCGCCGCGCUGGUGGUGUUCCUGGCCGGGGCUGGGACCUAUUGUAAAGAAGCUCCCGUUGCGAGCCCGUUCACUAGGGUGGCGCAGGUGGUUGUCGCCGCCUUCAGAAAGAGGGGCGUCUCGGAGGAGCGUGACGGCCGCGGCAUUUGGUACGGAGACGGUCAAGGCGGCGGCGGCUACGACGGCUUGGGUGGUCGAGAUCGCAUCCAUCACUCUUUGGCGCGUACUAAUCAAUUUAGAUUCUUAGACAAGGCAACGAUCAUAGACGAAAGAGACGCGUCAAGCGAGAAAAGGGAUCCAUGGCGGCUAUGCACCGUGACACAGGUGGAGGAGGUGAAGCUCCUCCUCCGCCUCCUCCCCAUCUGGCUGUGCUGCCUCCCCUUCGCCGCCAGCAUUGCCCAGCUCAGCACCUACUUCACCAAGCAAGGCGCCACUCUCUCCCGAUCCCUCGCCUCCUUCCACUUCCCGCCCGCCUCCUUCCAGGUCGUCACCUCCUUCACCAUCCUCCUCUCCGUCGCCGUCUACGACCGGAUCUUCCUCCCCGCCGCCAGGAAACUCACCGGCCUCCCCUCCGGCAUCACCGUCCUCCAGAGGAUCGGCGUCGGCCUCUUCAUCUGCGCCGCCGGGAUGGCCGUCGCUGGGUUGGUGGAGACCAGGCGGAUCCGCGUCGCGGCGGAGAACGGGCGGCUGGAUUCCCCCAAAUCCACCCUCCCGAUGCAGAUCUGGUGGCUGGCGCCGCAGUACGUGAUGGUCGGCCUCACCGACGUCUUCACCGUGAUCGGCCUGCAGGAGCUGUUCUACGACCAGAUGCCGGCGGAGAUGAGGAGCGUCGGCGCGGCGCUGCACAUCAGCGUGGUCGGCGUGGGGAGCUUUAUGAGCGGCGCUCUGAUAACGGCGGUGCAGGGGAUAAGCGCCAGAUCCGGGCACGAGUGGUUGGUGGAUAACAUCAACCGGGCCCACGUUAACUACUUUUACUGGGUUCUCGCCGGAAUCGGCGCGGUGAAUUUGUGCGUCUAUGUGUUUGCUGCAAAAGCCUUCCUUUACAAGAAACCAAUGGAGCCCGCGGUUAUGGAAGAAGCUGCAGGGGUUUGACCGUCUCGAGAGAGAUUUGACCGCUCAAACAUAUACUCCGUACAUAUAACAUCUUGUUUUAAAAUCUUACUCCCUCGGUCCUAAAAUUAACUUCCCAUUUGACUUUUCACGGUCUCCAAUGCGACACUUUGACCAUCAAUAUCUCAAAUUUUAUAUAAAUAUAUUUUAUAAAAAUUACAUAUUUCAAAACUAUGUUUCAAAAUGAAUCUAAUGCUAAUAAAUUUAUAUGAAAAUUCAAUGUAUUUUUUCCGUAAUAAACAGUCAAAGUUUGACUACAAAAGUCAAACUAGGAAAUUAAUUUUAGGACGGAUGGAGUAUUAUAGAACAAGUGUAUUACAGAUACAUAGAGACAAUAAUUAUCUGUUUACACACGUAUGUUUAUUGUUCAUAUUA